AUGGCGUACACUCAUGUUGAUGGAGAGUAUUUCAUAUACAAUAAUCAGGGACAGGUGAUCUCGCCAAACCAUCCAUACAUCUCCCCUACACAAGGCGGCCAAUUGAACGCACAGAAAUCCGAGUUUCAAGAGAUUUCGUCGUACCAUGCGUACCCCAGCAGCUCCCCGAACUAUCCCUCGCAUCAUCGUGGAUGGAGCGAAAGUACGACAUCGACUCAUAUUUCCUCAGGGAAACCUUUCUUACCAUCUAGUUCAAGCUCUAUAAAGAAAAGCUUCACCUUGAAUACUGGCGGCUCAUGGAUCCCGGAGAUCAUCUCUGUGGUCAUUGCCUUUGGAGCUGUUGGGUCGAUGAUAGGGGUCUUGGCAAAGUUCAACGGACAUGCACUUCCGGAAUGGCCCUACUAUAUCACACUCAACGCUCUUAUCGCCGUAUUGGCGGCUGUGACGGCCUCGGCGAUGAACAUGUCGCUGCAGAAUAGUAUGAGCCAGCUCAAAUGGGUUCGAUUCAAGAAGUCGAGAACGCGACUCUCUGACAUGGAAGUGUACGAUGAGGCGAGCCGCGGCAUUUGGGGAGCGAUGAAGCUCUUGUUCACAUAUCGUGGAAGCCUGCUUGGCUCGUUUGGAGCAUUUGUCUCUAUCAUUGUCCUGCUACUGGGCCCCUUUGCUCAACAAAUUGUUGUGUAUCAGACGAGGGAAGCAGAGAGCCUCGAAGGAGCCAGUGUCUCCCGAGCACUUAAUUAUACCGGCGCUUUACCUGGAACAAGUUCUUCAACUGGUUUCGUGCCCAUUUUACCCCUGAAGUCAGCUGUCUAUAACGGGCUCUUCGCUGAAAAUGGUCGUCCUGAGGCGUCGCUCGCUUUUGAUUGUCAAAGUGGGAAUUGUACUUUUGAUCCUUAUGACACACUCGGCGUAUGUGCUCAAUGUGUCGAUCUAACACCGUUUAUCCAAGAAUACUGUGCCGCAGGAAGGGCUUCUGGAAAUUGUGGGUGGCAGGUACCUCAGGGUGCCGAACUGGCCGACAGCACAGAGGUCUUCAGCAUGACGUCUCAGAUACCAAGUGCACGAGGCGACCAGCCACAUUCAUCAAUCGUGCGUCUUAUUUUCAUGGGCACUGAAGCAUACAACGGGCGCGCUGGUGAGGUCAACCCGUGGGCACGACAGUGUACGUUGUCGGCAUGUGUACAAACACUUGAGACUACGAUCUCGAACGGUGUUCUGGAUGAGAAGACAGUGGAUAUCCGGACAAAUACUACCGUCCUCGAUAAUACUGAUCUGAACGAUGGCUAUGACCAUAAUGUCUAUGUUGAUGGCAAAGACGGAACGCAGUACAAGCUUAGUAUCGAGGCAAUGCUGGCCAUGCGUGGAUGGUUCUCUACAUUGUUCACUAACGGGUCCGCCUCUCGCAGUACUUCGGCUUACAACCGCACCAUCACGGACAACAGCGUCGUAGUAAAUCUCACAGUGGGCAUAUCGAGCGGCGAGACAUUCUUCGACUCUGACAUUGUGACAGCGUUCUACUGGAAUUACUAUGAAUACGCCAAUGGUCUCGAUCUUCUCGUUAAUGACACAGCGACGUCAAUGACAGUUGCUUUCCGUAGCUUCUCGGGCGCUGCACCGGUUUCUGGUCGUGCGGUGUACACAGAAUCGUAUGUGCAGGUGCGCUGGAGCUUCGCUAUCGUGCCCAUCUUCGUCGUUAUUGGCGCUGCCAUAUUCCUUCUUGCGAUGAUUUACCAGUCUAGAAAGUCGGCCACUCAAGUAUGGAAGAGUAGCGCGCUGGCAAUGUUGUUCCACGGCCUUGACGAGAAUGCCAAGAAUCACUUCAUGCAUGCUAGGAGCUUACAGGAGCAGAACGCUCAGGCACGCGCUACGAAGGUCCAGCUCGAAGAGUCAGAUGAUAUUACCCUUUUAAGGAUGUAG